GAGUGGUUCUUCAAUACUGCUGCUGCUGCUUACUCAUCGGGAAACAACUGGGAAAGCUGGUGAGCGAGAAGGCAAGUCUUGGAAAGACAAGCACCAUGUCUCUGACCAGUGCCUUCAGGGCUGUGGACAAUGACCCUGGGAUCAUCGUCUGGAGAAUAGAGAAAAUGGAGCUGGCGUUGGUGCCUGUGAGAGCCCAUGGCAACUUCUAUGAGGGGGACUGCUAUGUCAUCCUCUCGACCCGGAGAGUGGCCAGUCUCCUAUCCCAGGACAUCCACUUCUGGAUCGGGAAGGACUCCUCCCAGGAUGAGCAGAGCUGUGCAGCCAUCUACACCACACAGCUGGACGACUACCUGGGAGGCAGCCCUGUGCAGCACCGAGAGGUCCAGUACCAUGAGUCAGACACCUUCCGUGGCUACUUCAAGCAGGGCAUCAUCUACAAGAAGGGGGGUGUCGCCUCUGGGAUGAAGCACGUGGAGACCAACACCUACAACGUGAAGCGGCUGCUACAUGUGAAGGGGAAAAGAAACAUCAGGGCCACUGAGGUGGAAAUGAGCUGGGACAGUUUCAACCGAGGUGAUGUCUUCUUGCUGGACCUUGGGAAAGUCAUCAUCCAAUGGAAUGGCCCAGAGAGCAACAGUGGGGAGCGCCUGAAGGCUAUGCUUCUGGCAAAGGAUAUUCGAGACAGGGAGAGAGGAGGCCGUGCUGAAAUAGGAGUGAUCGAGGGAGACAAGGAGGCAGCCAGCCCAGAGCUGAUGAAGGUCCUUCAGGACACCCUUGGCCGACGCUCCAUUAUCAAGCCUGCAGUCCCUGAUGAGAUCAUAGAUCAGCAGCAGAAAUCAAAUAUCAUGUUGUAUCAUGUCUCAGAUUCACCUGGGCAGCUGGCAGUCACAGAGGUAGCAACGAGGCCUCUGGUCCAGGACUUACUGAACCAUGAUGACUGCUACAUCCUGGACCAAAGUGGAACCAAAAUCUACGUGUGGAAAGGAAAAGGAGCCACAAAGGCUGAAAAACAGGCAGCCAUGUCUAAAGCGCUGGGCUUCAUCAAGAUGAAGGGCUACCCCAGCAGCACCAAUGUGGAGACUGUCAACGAUGGUGCUGAGUCAGCCAUGUUCAAGCAGCUGUUCCAGAAGUGGUCAGUAAAGGACCAGACCAUGGGCCUGGGGAAAACGUUCAGCAUUGGUAAAAUUGCUAAAGUUUUCCAGGAUAAAUUUGAUGUGACUCUGCUACACACCAAGCCAGAGGUAGCUGCCCAGGAAAGAAUGGUUGAUGAUGGCAGCGGAAAAGUUGAGGUCUGGAGAAUUGAGAACCUGGAGCUGGUCCCUGUGGAAUAUCAGUGGUAUGGCUUCUUUUAUGGGGGAGACUGUUAUCUGGUCCUCUACACAUACGAGGUGAACGGGAAGCCACAUCACAUCUUAUACAUCUGGCAGGGCCGCCACGCCUCACAGGACGAGCUGGCAGCCUCAGCAUACCAGGCAGUGGAGGUGGAUCGGCAGUUUGACGGGGCCGCUGUGCAGGUUCGAGUCAGGAUGGGGACGGAGCCACGCCACUUCAUGGCCAUCUUCAAAGGGAAGCUAGUUAUCUUUGAGGGUGGGACUUCCAGGAAGGGAAAUGCUGAGCCCGACCCUCCGGUAAGACUCUUCCAAAUUCAUGGAAAUGACAAAUUUAACACCAAAGCAGUGGAGGUUCCAGCCUUUGCCUCCUCCCUAAACUCCAAUGAUGUCUUUCUGCUGCGAACUCAGGCAGAGCACUACCUGUGGUAUGGCAAGGGGUCUAGUGGGGAUGAGCGGGCAAUGGCUAAGGAGCUGGCCAGCCUUCUCUGUGAUGGCAGCGAGAACACUGUGGCCGAGGGCCAGGAGUCCGCCGAGUUCUGGGACCUACUGGGAGGGAAAACUCCCUAUGCCAGUGAUAAAAGACUUCAGCAGGAAAUUCUAGAUGUCCAGUCCCGUCUCUUUGAAUGUUCCAAUAAGACUGGCCAAUUCAUUGUUACUGAGAUCACAGACUUCACCCAGGAUGACCUGAACCCCGGUGACGUGAUGCUCCUAGAUACCUGGGACCAGGUGUUCUUGUGGAUUGGGGCUGAGGCCAAUGCCAUGGAGAAGAAGAGUGCCCUUGCCACAGCGCAGCAGUACCUGCUCACUCACCCCAGUGGCCGAGAUCCCGACACACCAAUCCUGAUCAUUAAGCAGGGGUUUGAGCCUCCCAUCUUCACAGGCUGGUUCCUAGCCUGGGACCCUAACAUUUGGAGUGCAGGAAAAUCAUACGAACAAUUAAAAGAAGAGCUGGGAGAUGCUGCUGCUAUCAUGCAAAUCACUGCUGACAUGAAGAAUGCAACCCUCUCCGUGAAUUCUACUGACAGUGAGUCAAAAUAUUACCCUAUAGCAGUUCUGUUGAAAAACCAGAAUCAGGAGCUACCUGAGGAUGUAAACCCUGCCAAAAAGGAGAAUUACCUCUCUGAACAGGACUUUGUGUCUGUGUUUGGCAUCACAAGAGGGCAAUUUGCAGCUCUGCCUGGCUGGAAACAGCUGCAAAUGAAGAAAGAAAAGGGGCUUUUCUAAAGCAAGAAGGCCUAUAUCUACUGCAAGGCCACAGAAGAGAGCAGAUAGUGCCAAUAUCAGGAAAUAAUUUAUCCACCAAUUUCUGCCUGACAUUCAGCUACUUAAUUUAGAUAUAAUAGAGUCUGAAAACACUGUUCUCCAUUUUUUCUCAUCCUUGCAUUCCUUCCUUGUUAUAUACCUAAAAUGUUAACCACAUGGUUUUUGGAUUUUGUGGCCCUCUAGCUAAAGCCUCAGCAGAAAGCACUAAAACUGCAUAAAUCUGGAGAAAUCAAAAGAAAGAGAACCAAAAAACAAUGCUCAAAAUGUUUAAUAACUUUGUUUAGCAUUAUGCCAGGACCUACCUUUGUUUUCAAUUUUAAGAUCAUUAUUUCUAAAAUCUAUUUAACCUGUAAAUCAUU